AUGCAAACUUCAUGUCAACAAUCGAAUAUGAGUUUAGAUAAAUUAAAUACACCUCUUCUAUCAUCACAAUAUUAUUCAACGGUGCAACCGACCGAUUCAUCCACUAACUCAUUUGGACUCACAUCUGAUCAUUCUAUUGAAGUAACAUUGUAUCAAAAUGAUAAGAAAAAAGCUUCAAAUUUUGUUGAAAGAAAUUAUCUGGACAGUUGUUGUUGCUUCGGUUUAGAAUGUCUACAAUGUUCUGUAAUUAUUCUAGAAUUUUUAUACUGUUGUUGUAUGUUUAUUCGAUGUUUAAGUAAAUAAUGUUGGAUACCAUCAAAGAAUCAUUCUUAUUAUGGAUCAUAUCCUGGACUAUUCACUAAAGAUGCCUAUUUCAAAUUAUCACGAACAUAUAAUGAUGUCGUUGCUAUUACCCUCCAGUGCAUUUCAAAUGGCAACACAUAUCGAUCAGACAAAGCCUUUUAUGCUGAUACACAUUUUACCUUUAAACAAUCAGACGGAACGAUAAGUGGAAAAUUUCAUCAUGUAUACACUUCGGAACAUAUUUCGAACGGUACUUGGGAAGCAGAUAGUAACAAAGGAAUUCAACUUUCAUCUGUGAACGUUAUAUCUUAUUGGAAUUCAAUUCUCUGUGAUGUUAUCACAUUAACAACAGAUUCAACAUUUAUACAGCAUAGUGUGGUUGUUAAUGAGAACAACACUAUUCAAUUGAAAUGUCCGGAAGAUAGCGGUGUAUUAACAAUAGACGAUGCUGUCUACAGCAGUAAUUACCAAUCUAAUUGCAGUACAAAUCCAUCGAUUAAUGAAUCGUUAAAUGCAUUACCACCUGAUCCACCGAAUUCGACGCCAGAUUUUAUUGCUGGAAGAUCUAUAACAUGUCAAGCACAAGGUGAUAAUUGGCAAAUUCGUCAGAAAAAAAGACAUAGCUAUUAG